AUGGAUCCCGGAACAGCCUUAGCCGUGGUGUCGCUUUCUUUCGACCUAUUUGCCAGUUGCGUUAGGGGUUUCACCUUGAUAUCUGACGCUCGAAAUAUCGGAAAGGAUGCAGCUAUCGAACGAACGAAGCUCAUUCUUCAAGAAUAUCGACUCAUUGAGUGGGCUAGGGCAAUUGGCCUUGACUCUCCCAAUAACGAUGAGUCACUGGGGAUUCACAAUCAUCCUGCCGCUCUCAUCCUGUUCCAGCUAGAACAGCUUCUCUCCUCGACAGAUGCUUUGAAGAAGCGCUACAAGCUGGAACUCGUGUCUCCACCGGAUGAUUCUGAUGGCUUGGUCCCUUCCGAAACAACAGCCGCCCCGGAUAAUCCGGCUUCGUCGAUACUCUCAAAUAUUGUGUCAUCCGAGACUCGAGAGGGCAUCCUCAGGCGCGCAUCCACACUCAGCACGGUGAAUCGGCUCCCACGACGUCUCUGGUGGGCCGCUGUCGACAAGAAAAAGUACGCGGAGCUGGUAAAAGAUGUGACCGGUCUUAUUGAUGGGCUUUGGUCUCUCUUGGAUAUUACUCACCGAGUCCAAACGUCUCAGGCUGUCAACCACACUCUGCAACUUGCGAUUCAGACAAGUCAAGAUAUCAAGGGUCUUCAGGAUCUCCAGAAAUCUCUCCAGGACUCAACCACAGAUGCUGAUAUGACAAACAAUCUCGCCGCCUCGGCAGCCCUGAAGGCACAGCAUAUUUUGCUCACCUCGAAUAAUGGACAUGCCCAACAACCAGCGCACUCCAAUAAUGGGACCAACGAUGUAGUACCAACACGACUUCCAUCAGUCCUACACCCUUCCCACUUAGCUAGCAUCCAUAUGAUAUCAUCAACCAUUGGAUCAGCCCAGUACCAGGGAGACACUGUACUCAUAGAAGAGAAGCGCGUGGAGCCGCGUAUGAAAGCGAAGCUUAAACCGCGUGUUGAAGCCCUCGUGCGUCUACUCUCUCAGCCUCCCACGCCAUCCUUUCAGACAUUCCCUUGCCUAGGAUACACUGAAGAGCAAGGAGGCUUCCGUUUGGUAUUUCGAUUCCCUUCCAGCACCGAGCAGCCUCUUUCUCUGCUCAAUGUAUUAUCGAGAUCCAGCGGGCCACUGCCAGAUGUUGGCACACGACUUAGUUUAGCUGUACAGGUGUGCCAGACACUCCUCAGCUUCCACACUGCCGGCUGGUUCCAUAAAGACAUGCGAUCUGAGAACAUUCUUCUUGUCUCUUCGCCCUCUCGCCGGUCGACUGACCGCCUUGGUCGACCCUAUCUCUGCGGCUUCUCCUUCGCGCGACAAGGUUCGCCGACUGAAAUCAGCGAACAGCCAUCCGAAGACCUCUCACGGGACAUUUAUCGGCAUGCCAAGGCUCUCGGAGAGCCUUCCGAGAGCUUCGAGCGCUACAUGGAUGCAUAUUCUCUCGGAUGUGUUCUGAUCGAAAUCGCAGAAUGGACCCCUCUUCGAAAAAUUAUCAAGAAGCGUGUUGAUAUCAGCAAUAGCAACGUCGUGAAAUUGACUGAUGUUGCAUCACUCUCCCAGUGGAUGCAUAAUCGAUAUGUUACUGAAGGAUUCGCAGCAUUUCGACUCGGGGCUGCGUUCAUGAAGAUGCUUGCUCUGUGCAUUCCGGCAGGAGAUGAAAAGCCGGAUUUGGGUGACUUUUACUCUGCUCUUGAAGAGAUGGCCGCUUGUGGGAUUUGA